UCGUGUAAGAUGACGCCACGACAGUAGGCGGUGCUCGCUCGCUCCCGGCGGGUCGUGCGCGAGCCCGUUGAGGGCGGAUUACGUCAGUUACAGUCGCCGUGUAACACGGACACUGAUCGGAGGAGAACAGAUGAGGGUGACCCACUGAAGCCGUGAUGAUGCUGUCGCGUCUCUUCAGGCUGCACGGCCUGUUCGUCGCCUCUCAUCCAUGGGAGGUGAUCGUGGGAACGGUUGCCGUGACGAUGUGUCUGAUGUCCAUGAACGCUUUCGCUACUAAUGACCAGAUGUGUGGCUGGAACCAUCAGUGUCCCAAAGUACAAGAGAAAAUUCUAAGCGGUGACAUGCUCAUUUUAACCAUCACACGAUGCCUAGCCAUCAUUUACAUCUACGUCCAGUUCAAAAACCUUCGUCAGCUCGGCUCCAAAUACAUCCUGGGUAUCGCUGGUCUGUUUACCAUCUUCUCCAGCUUUGUGUUCAGCACUGUGGUCGUUCACUUCCUGGGCAAAGAGCUCACAGGACUGAAUGACGCUCUGCCGUUCUUCCUGUUGUUGAUUGAUCUGUCUAAAGCCUGCACACUGGCCAAGUUCGCUCUCAGCUCAAACUCACAGGAGGAGGUCAGAGAGAAUAUCGCUCAAGGCAUGGCCAUCCUGGGACCCACGUUCACACUGGACGCGGUCGUGGAGUGUCUGGUCAUCGGUGUGGGCACCAUGUCUGGUGUGCGCCAGCUGGAGAUCAUGUGCUGUUUCGGCUGCAUGUCGGUUCUGGCCAAUUACUUUGUGUUCAUGACGUUCUUCCCGGCCUGUGUGUCGCUGGUGUUAGAGUUGUCCCGUGAGAGCCGUGAGGGUCGGCCCAUCUGGCAGCUCAGUCAUUUCGCUCGUGUCCUGGAGGAAGAAGAAGGAAACAAACCGAACCCUGUCACUCAGAGAGUCAAAAUGAUCAUGUCUCUAGGUCUGGCGCUGGUUCACGCUCACAGUCGACUCGUGACUGAAUCUCCAGUGCAUAACAUGAGCAGUUCAGACGUGGUUCUGCCCACACCCAACAUGGAGUCCGACAGAACCAUGUCCAGUGUGGAUUUGGAGCAGGUCAUCACGCUCUCUCUCGCUCUGUUAUUGGCGGCCAAGUACGUGUUUUUCGAGCAGGCCGAAACGGAAUCCUCCCUGUCACUCAAACCUCAUGUGGCCACGCCCAACUGUGCCCUGACCAAUAGGAGAGGAGGAGAGGACCGCUGUCAGAGGGAGUCGGCCCCGCCAAAAGCCCUGAAGGGGGUCCAUACGAAUAAAGAUGGAGAUGGACACCAUGAGGAGGAAGAAGCAGAUGAGUGCCGUGAGCUCCAGUCUCACCAGCGCCGCCCUGUGGACGAAUGUCUCACGAUACUUAAAGACCCCAAAAGAGGAGCUCGGUACCUGAGCAACGCUGAGGUGAUGGCAUUAGUGGAGUGCAGAGGUAUUCUGGGAUACCGUUUGGAAGCGGUGCUGGAGAGUCCAGAGAGAGGCGUGGAAAUACGCAGAGAAAUGCUCUCCCCCAAACUCCCGGACUCGUCCGCGCUGGAGAAGCUGCCCUACAGACACUACGACUACUCUAAGGUGAUUGGCACUAACUGUGAGAACGUGAUUGGCUAUGUGCCUGUGCCAGUGGGUGUGGCCGGACCGCUCCUAUUGGACGGGAAAGAAUUCCACGUCCCCAUGGCAACAACAGAAGGCUGUUUAGUGGCCAGCACCAACCGAGGGUGUAGAGCCGUCACGUUGUCAGGUGGCGUGAGCAGUCGUGUUCUCGCGGACGGGAUGACCCGCGGGCCGGUGGUUCAGAUGCCGUCGGCGUGUCGGGCGGCGGAGGUCAAGGGCUGGCUGGAGAGUUCAGAGGGCUUCAGUGUCAUCAAACAGGCCUUCGAUCACACCAGCAGGUUUGCUCGUCUGGACCGGCUGCAGGUCGCUUUGGCCGGGAGGAACCUGUACAUCCGCUUCCAGUCUCAGACCGGAGACGCCAUGGGCAUGAACAUGCUGUCAAAGGGAACAGAAGAGGCUCUGAGCCGACUUCAGGAGCGCUAUCCUGACAUGCGUCUGUUAGCCGUCAGCGGGAACUUCUGCACCGAUAAGAAACCAGCCGCUGUCAACUGGAUCCAAGGCAGAGGAAAAUCCACAGUGUGUGAAGCCAUCGUACCGGCACGAGUGGUCAAAGAGGUGUUGAAGAGCAGCACAGCCGCUCUGGUGGAGCUGAACAUCAGUAAGAAUCUGGUGGGCUCGGCGAUGGCCGGAAGCAUCGGUGGUUUCAACGCUCACGCGGCAAACAUCGUAACGGCCAUCUACAUCGCCUGCGGACAGGAUCCUGCGCAGUCGGUGGGCAGCAGUAACUGUAUUACACUGAUGGAGUGUGUUGGGAUGGAUGGAGAGGAUCUGUACAUCUCCUGCACGAUGCCCUCAUUAGAGCUGGGCACUGUGGGGGGAGGAACCGGUCUGCCUGCACAACACGCCUGUUUACAGAUGUUGGGUGUUCAGGGUGCCAGUGAUCAGUGUCCCGGUGAGAACUCAAGGACACUUGCACGGAUCGUCUGUGGCACAGUGUUGGCAGGAGAGCUCUCGCUGAUGGCCGCCCUCGCCGCAGGACACCUCGUCAAGAGUCACAUGACUCACAACAGGUCAAAAGCUGAUAUUAGAGAGACUGAAUUGCAGCCAAAGGAAGCUUCAUGAAGCACAGCACCCAGAGAACUCUGGGAAAUGGAGUCUUGAGCAUCUGACGUUUGUGUGGUUCCUCGUGUUCAUUCUCAGGGCGUCUGAGGACACGACCUCUCGGAGUGGACAGAUGUCCGGCGGAGUUUUCUUCUGUGAAGCAGCUUAUUUUGCAGUCUGAAUGGGAAUUAUGGGAAAUACUAAUGCUUUACGUUUACUUUGUGCCUCAAUUUUAUAAGGCGACUACAUGAGUAAAUGAGUGAGAUGCCCAGUGAUUGGAUGCUGCGUUUGUGAUUCAGUCACUGCUCAUUUUACUGAAUCUGUGUUUAGUCUUGCACUAAAAGCCAAAACUGUUACUUGCUCAAGAUUUGUCAAAACCUGGUACAAGAUUAUAAAGCCAAAACACACAACGUUUUUAUCGCUUGGUGAAAGUGAGGUGAGAAAACAGGCUUUUUUUGCACACAGACAAAUCGUUUUUAGACUAAAUCAUGAUCUCAGAUCAGAGCUUGAUGGAUGAUUUUGCAGUUUGGACCGUCAAGAGCGUCAGAUUGUGAAUGAAUGUAUUUAAUUCAUGUGUCUAAUCAAUCACGCCAAACUCACUGUGACAAACUCCACUGAUGGACCUUAUGAACGAGGUGCUAAUGUAAUUUAUAAUAGUGAUUUGAGUUGAGUAUGAAUCUGUGUGUGAAUGUUUGGACUGUGCGUGUUACUUAUGAAAUGUCUAAUAUCAUUAUGGUUUCUGUAUUGCCACUGUGUGAAUUCAUGACUAAAGUGCUUCAGCUUUUCUUGACAAAAGCAAAUCCUUUCACUUUCUGACUAUAGAAAGUUCUGAUAAAGCCAUAUCUGUGUCUUUUAAAGCUGCUUUCUCUUGCUUAUUUCCUGCUAAACCAUGGAUCAGAUCAGCAUAUUUUUAAAUUGUCAGUAUUUUUGUUGAAGAACUGUUUUAAAUGCAUUAAACUGGAAAAAUAAACAUUUACAAAGUA